GAGUCUGGAUGGCACGCGAGGGGGGGACUGGUGGGACUGGAGUGUGGAUGGCACGUGAGGGGAGGACUGGUGAGACUGGAGUCUGGGGGCACGCGAGGGGGAGACUGGUGGGACUGGAGUCUGGAUGGCACGCGAGGGGAGAUUUACCGCAUGUUGGGCGUCUUGUCGGCGCAGUCUCAGCUGUGGUUCAGCUCGAUGUAGCCAUUGGAGGCAUCGAAGCGCACGUCCCACGAGACCACGUCCUUGUAGUACCCGCCCCUGAUAGUUGUACGAGUACGUGGUUUUGGGCUCGAAGCUGCCCAUGUACGGCGUGAGCCGGCGGUCCCACUGGCUGCCGGGGAGGGGGAUCAGCUCGCCGCC